UUUCAGUCCCCGGAAAUCACCAAAAAAUAACUAGAUGUUGUGCAGCAGUGGUUGAGUAACGGGGAUAUUUUAUCGAUAGAUAACCAAUAAAAGUGACAUGCGACUUCUGCCAUAUCGGCUGCCCGGGAAACUGUGUACAUAAACUGCUUAGUGCAAUAUUUGGUGACAGCGGUAGAUAUCCUGUCAUAGUAAUGCAAUGUCAUAUUUUUAUUGGCUGUUGAAUUGUCUCGGUUUUUGUUAUUAGCUACAAAUAGUUGUCGCAGACAGAUAUCAGCAUGAAGUGACUACAAAUGAUGUCGGUCACAUUUUCCCCGCCGGUAAUGGAUUAACACCGGAUGGAUUAAGUAAGAGCUUUUGUAAGAGCACUAUGGAGUGGCCAGAGGACUUUGCCGAAGACCAUGCCUUUGUGGAGCUGCUGGUUCCAGGUGUUUCCAGUGAUCUGGACUUUGAACAGCUUAUGAAAGACACAGAGGAGAAGCUCAAUCUCAAUGCCAACAGCAUUGAACAGCAGCUGAAGGAACUCCAGGCUAAAAUAGGAGACUCCCGCACAGCAGAGCGUCCACUGAGUCCCACAGAGUGGCUGCAGUGGUUCUCCCUCAAAACACAACAGAGUGUGAGGCCUGUUACCCAAGGACAUCAAGAGCUUAUGGACUUCUUCAGAGCUCUGCAACAGUACCUGAGAUCUGAAGAAGAGUCGAAAGAAGAGGUGACGCUUCAGCUACUGCUGAAUCUGUCGUCCCAGUGCGGUAUUUGCUUCCCCUGUAACCACUCUUCUUCAUCCCCACUUUCGUCUCUUCAUUCUCAACUGACUGCCUCCUCCAUCCAGCUGGUACAUACAGUCAGAGAAGACGCUUCAUUAGAGAUCCAGGAGGUGUGGGAUGAUGUGCGACUCCGACUCAGACGCUACCUGAUGGACCAACUGUUUUCCUGUAGUCCAGAGCUUCCUGGACCUCGACAAACAACCGCUCUGUCCAUCCUUGAACGGGUUCAGUGUCUGCAGCAGAUGUUUUUUCUUUAUCCCGAGUCAGAGGUGCUGCAACUUUACCAGGGCCUAAAACGGCAAUACGUACUAGGUAUUCUGCACUCCACCCUGUCCGCCAGUCAAAUCGGUGAGACUGGUUUUGACAGGCUGGCUAUGGGUUUCUGCAGCAUGGUGCCGAUUCUGACUCAAGCCCUCAAAGAGGAGCUCCACGUCCUUUCAGGACUAGCAGAAGCACACACGAUCCUUGGUUUUAUUAAUGAAGCCUACCUCAAUACAGUGGCCACAGAGUUUGCCUCCCUGAUGGAGAGAGAAUGUGAGACAGCUCACAGAGACAACACUGCCCCGAGCGUCAAGACAAAAAAAUAUUCAGUCAAAUCCCGGGCAACUGUAGCACCACUGGAGCUUCCCACUAAAAGUCGGAGCUUUAGUUUGACCUCCCACCAGUUGAGGGCGUUAACCCAGCUGGCUUGCACCCUGCUGGGAUUUGAGAGCGAUGUGAAGGAGCUGGUCACUAACACGAUCUUCAUUGACUGUACAGGAGACACUCCUCCUAUAAAAGGCAUCUUGAAAAAGAGCAAAAAGGAUUCAGACAGCACAACUGAGAGCAAGAAAUCCACCACAGAAACAACAAAGGCAAAGGUUCUGGAGUUCAACUGGAGGUCAGCGUUCAAGGGACUAGUCCCUCACAUGGAGCAUUGCGUAAAGGUGGUGCUGGAUAAUGUCUGUGCUAAGAAUCUACAACAAGAAGAGGAAUUACAUUCUUCUGGACAUAUCUCUGUCUCCCUGAGCCUGAUUACUAGACCCACCUUCACCACUGCCAGCAACACACAUCUCAGAGAAGACACCUUCUCCUCCUACUCAGAGACAGAGACUCCAAGAAUGAUAGCCAAGUUUUGCGGAGCAAUCAUGACUGAAAUGGAUGCCUUACUACCAUUGGCAGCAGCCUGCAACGAGAGCUCUCUUCUGCAGGUGCGAUCAAGCUUUAUAGAGUCAUGUGGCAGAGCAGCAUUUGCCAUGUUGGGUCGUUUGCAGGAGAGGGCCCUGGAGGUACCAUCCUCUGCUCCCCUGAAGAACUUGCAUGCUCUACUGGCCACUUGCAUUUAUGUGCAUCAGCGACUAGAGCACUACAGUGCCAGGCUGAAGGAUUCCAGUACUGCUGCAGCUAAAAUAACCCUGACCCCACUACCUGUGCAGAAAUACAAAGAUACAGUCACGGCCAUGAGAGAGCAGUUGACCAGCUACUAUAUCCAGGCUUGUUAUACAUGCAUUCUUCAGGACGCAGAGAGCCACCACUGGGCUGACCCCAAACCUUUCUAUGAGGGCGAGAGGUGUUCCUUCUCAGUGCAGAUGUGGUUCUACUUCCUGUGCGGGCUUCGCAGCGACCUGUGGGCGGUCCUUCCGGCAGAGCUGGCCAGGGAUGUCCUUGGCCAGGUUCUAACAGACACUUUACAACUGUUAGUGCGAAGAUAUGCCAGAGCGCGGGCUUCAUAUAAGAGGCACCUGCAAAUCAGAUGUGACAUUACAGCAAUGUUGCUGUAUGUGGAGCACCUUAUGUGGAGUCUGUGUGAAAGUCCUGAGGCCUUGGUGUGCUUCAACCCUUCUUCAGUGAUUACCAUAAUAGCAGGUGGUUCAGACUGGCCAUACCAAAUCCACAACCUGUGUGACCAGCUCCUGACAGUCCUCGUCAUUGUCACAGCACCUCUAUCUUUGCUACAUAGGACAUUUAUGAUAGAUGCUGCGAAGGAGACCUCACCAGACCCACCGACCAUUCCUGUCAUACGCUGGCUAAAUGCUAUUAACCCCAAGGUCUUCACAGAGCAAGCUAUAAGAGAUGGCCUUAUGGGCCAGGCAUCCUUGGCAUGUCAACUGAGGCUACUGACAUCUGACCCCGGAUGCAAUCCCAAGUUGCUACUUCAAAUGUUGCUGUACAGAGACUGUCACCUGCCCAGAAUACUCCUGGAAAAUUCUUAUUUUUGCCAGGAGAACAGCUCAGAAAUGUCUACAGAGAGCUGCAAGGAAGGAGAUGACUUCAUGAUGUCAUUGUUCAACCUUUUCUCUUGCCUGAAUAAUGUUCCUAAGGCCUUGACUCUGGCCCUUCAACCAUACCUGGAACGGGCACACAUAUGGGAACAUCUCUACACUCUGGCAGACACAACACGGACAGUACCUAUAGUUGUCAGCUGUGUCCGGGACAUAGUCACAAAAUCCACCAAUAGCCUUCUGCUACACCUCGUCUCCAUGGUUUUGGGUUGGCAGGCCACAGAGGAGCCUGGUGCAGCCUUGUUCAAGCGUACUGUGCCAGAGAAUGUCCUGGCUAAAAUACCCAAGGACUGGAACUACACACCAUUGGAUGUAAAGGGAAAGGACACUGUUGCUAAAACUAUCAUAUCCUUAGCAAUUCAAGCAUUGUCCUUCAUUUUCACCAACCUGCCCAUGGCUGUAGCAUCCUUGCCACUCCCGAUCCGCUUUCUAUUCCAAGUGGCAGAGAAGCACCUUUCCCAGCAUGCCCGGCAGCUACGGUUAGUGGGCCUGUUGAUCUGGGCCUUGCUGGGCUGCCUGAUCCAGGGCCUAGAAGACCCAGACACACUAGAACAGAUCAGUGGUCUGGCUCUGGACCGCUCAGCAAAAGACCGCCUGUCCCUGCUGGCAGAGUGUGUACAGGCGGCCAUAGGCAUUCAGCAAAAGGGUGUUCCCAAACCUUCAGUGCACAAAGUUAUACAGGCCUUGGAGGAAAAAAGACCAAAGUGGACACAACUGCAGCUGCAGAAGGCCCGCAAACUCUGCUCAGACAGUGUAUUUGAACAAGGAAGCGAGAGAGGAGUUGCUGCGGCUGAACUGACUGAGCAGAAAAUAGGCCUGAUGCUGCUGGAGGUCUGCCACAAAGCAGGUGGCAGCAGCUACCUGAGGCAGAUCUAUCACAUCAUCCAAGGCAAUGAGGAACUGCUGAUGUCUAAACUGAGUGGAAGCUCAGACUUGCCAAAUGAUCCUCCACUUUUUGUGAAGUUUGAUCUUGGCCCCGAGAGUCAUGUUGGAGGUGCCCGUUUCAAUCCUCUCCACCAGUUUGACCACAUUGGCAAGAAGAAGCUGGAUCAGUUUUCAGACGUUGUACUGUGUGGGUGUACUUGUGACAUACAGCGUGGUGUCAUUCUAACUUUCACCGAGGCCGGAAGCUUAAUGUUGAAGAGUGCUGUGGUCGACUGGGCAUGGGACUGGGCAAGGCUGCUCCCAGCCUAUCAGGGCAUGAGUCGGGUCACCUUCAGAGCUCUGCUGGCCAACAGGUGGGAGAUGCAGGAGGGUGCACAGCUGGAAGAUGGAGAGAAAGCGAUGGUAGAGGAACUUGAGAAAGCUUUUUUGGGUUGCUGCUGCACCCCAGGACCACAGAACCCCCCUGAAGCUGAUGAGACACCCGGAAAGCAGGCCCAGGGGAAAACACAACCAUCUGCAUCUGAUGAAGGUUCUACCCCGUAACAGCCCACGCCGAUGGAUUUUUAUUAUUGUUAUUUUUUUUAUCACGUUGUAAAAUGUUUUUCUUGUAAUAUGCACUUGGAGCUCUCAAGGUAUUACAGUGUGUAUAUAUGUGGGGAUGUGUGUUUGCACAUUUGUAGGUGUAAUUGGGUUUGCACAUGUACUGAAUGCUGCAAAUUUGCAUAUGUGUGUGCAUGAGAAAACGAGAGAGAGAGAGAGGGCAAGAAACAAAAAAUUGUGUGAGAGAUGGUGCCUCCCUCUUUAUACACAUACCUCAGACAAACUCUCUGUGCUUUUCUAUGCUGCAUCAGAUGCAUUUCAUCUUUUUAGAGCACGCCGACAGAAAUCAGUUCUGGGGAAAUGGAGAG